UCUGAAGUUUCUUGUACUGCUUCGUCGGCGUCUUCUUCUUCUGCUGCUAUUGUUUGUUCAGAUCCUCCACUAUACAAUUUUUCAAGAGCAGAGCCUGUUAAAUCAAACUUUCCUGUACAAGAUAUGAGAAAUUAUAUUGGUAAUCCCAGUAAGCAACAAUCAUCACAAACAGAAUACAAAGGCUACAAUGGUAGUCGACAUCAUGAAAAUUCAGAAAUGUAUUCAUGCAAACAAUUACUAAUGAAUGAACCCUCUAUAACUUCAAUGCCUCAUUCACAGUCUAGUAAACCAAUUAUCUCUACACCAUUAUCAUCAAUUGUUGAAAUACACUCAACACCUUCAAAUAAUCGUUUAAUCACUUGUAAUAAUACCUCUGUGGAUAGUGAAAGAAUUAAGCGUCCAAUGAAUGCAUUUAUGGUAUGGUCACGUUUACAACGACGUAAAAUGGCUGAAGAAAAUCCAAAAUUGCAUAACUCGGAAAUAAGUAAACAAUUAGGCAAUUUAUGGAAAUCCCUGACCAAUGCUGAUAAAAUUCCAUUCAUUGAAGAAGCUAACCGACUACGUGAUUAUCAUAUGAAACGCUACCCAAACUAUAAAUAUUGUCCACGAAGAAAACGUAAACAGUCAAACGUGAAAAGCUUGCCAUCACAGUAUAAAAUGAAAUCGACAACUGACCUACCCAUAGGACUAGUUCUAUGCCCAACUCGUACAAAUUCUUUCCAAGCGACAAGGUUGACUAGAGUUUCGCAUAUUGUAACGUCAACAAUACAACCAUAUUAUAAAACAUGCGGUCCACUAUUAGCGCAUACAAUUAGACCGCAAGAAGAAGAAGAAGUUAUGCCCGCUAAAAAUAUUUGUACGAUGUAUGAGCCUAAUUAUAAAUCGGAACACUUUAUACUACCCUCGUCAUCAUCAUCUAUUAAAAUGACACCAGUGUACACUGCACCGCCUACAGUGUCAGAUUAUUAUCCUUCAGAGAAUACACCAGCCUACUUCCAGCAGUCAACUGAUGCAAAUUAUACUCCACAUGGAAUUCAGCUGGCGAAUACAUCUCAUCUAAGCAAUGAUAUUCGAAAUAAUUAUACAACUGAUUAUAAUAUUGAUGAAAUGGAAUCCUAUCCAAACUUGAAUAUUUGUCAACCUUACAACACUACCUCUACUUCUAAUAAUAAUAAUAACAUCGUAAAUACAAAUAACCAUGAAACUUCCAUUUACAAUCAUUCACAUUCACCUGAAAUGUAUUCAGGUUUUUUAGAUUCAAUUGAUUUGAAAACAUUUUUCUAAAAGAGAAAACAAAAUUAUUCUUCUGAGAUUUUUAUGCCUACAUAUUAGCGUAUGUUGUUUAAAGCACAAACAGACAGUAAUAUAGUUUUAUUUAGAUUACUAGUCAUAUAUCACAGAGACGGAACUAUCUUUAUUCCUACAAUCUGUUACCUCA